AUGAGAGUAAGAGAUGACACUCUAAAGAACAGGUUUCUAGACACAAAGAGGAAGAGUGGGCUUGAGGAAACGUUUCAAGAGGCGUUUCAUAAACCCCAUAUCAAACCUUUACUUGAAAAUGAGUGGGAUACAUAUUUGUGGAAAAGCAAAAUGGAGAUCCGGGGUGAAUUGUGGCAGUACUCCAGUAGUCUGAUGUGCUUUCUAAAUGGAAAACUUCUGGGAAAUGAGAACGACCUCUGCAGAUGGGCUAAGGAUAAUUGGGAAUUCACUAUAAUGCGGCCACCCAUUCUCUAUAAGGCUCUUGCUGAAAACUACUACCAUAAAUACUUACAAAAUACAAAACAUCAGUUUGUGUUCAUGGAUGUGGAAAUAGUAGGUGAAAAGGCUGGCAGAUUCUUAUUUGAGUUGUUCACAGAUGUGUGUCCAAAGACAACAAAGAACUUUGAAGCUCUGUGCACAGGAGAGCAGGGCCUGUCAGUGAGUGGAUUCCCACUUUGCUACAAGGGCACAUUGUUUCAUAGGGUGGUGCCAAACGGCUGGGUCCAAGGUGGAGACAUAUCACCAAAACAUAGAGGUGAUGGAGGUGAAUCAAUCUACGGGCCUACAUUUGAAGAUGAGAGUUUUGCCAUAUCUCACUCACAGCGUGGGACAUUAGGAAUGGCAAAUAAAGGUCCACACAGUAAUGGAUCCCAGUUUUACAUCACUCUGCAGCCGACACCAUGGAUGGAUCAAACCUAUGUAGCAUUUGGUCAAUUGAUUGAAGGUCUGGAUGUACUUAAAAGAAUAGAGGAAGCUCCAACGUGUAAUGAAAGACCAAAACAUGACUGUAAAGUUAUCAACUGUGGCAUAUUAAAGAUUUAG